AUGCUUAAGAAAUUAUUCUCAUUUAAUUCGGAGCCACAAUUUCCGAAAACCAUUGAAGGGUUUGGUUACAAAUUCAAUGAAAAUGGUGAACUGAGAAAUAUUGAGACAAACGAAAGAUUUGUGUUUCGCGUUAAGCCAGACGAUUAUAAUUAUAAUCAAAGCCAUUAUGAAGCUUUAGGAGAGGUGAUCGGUGAAUACAUCGAAGAUCUGCUUGUUUCGCAAUUCCGUCUCAAGCGGCAGGAAAUUCCUCUUGGCGGCGAACAGCCAAAGAGCAGAAUUUAUGUUAGUGAGGAUUAUAACGAAAAUCCGACAUUACUCUUGCUUAUGCAAGGUAGUGGUGUAGUACGUGCUGGACAAUGGGCCCGUCAAG